GCAAUGAAGCUGUUUCCUGUCCAUCCAGUAUUUUGGUUGAGUUUGCUGCUUUCGUGUGCCUCACAGAGUGACACGGAGGCCCAACAUACAGAUGUCUGUCAGGAUGACAUGUUCCCUGGUGAUGUGGAUGAACGUAAUCCUCCAGGGCAGGACGAUUAUGUAGGGGCGGAUUGGGUGGGGGACAACUUGGAGAAAUUUCGCUGCCUCCUUUACCCAAAAAAUACACUCAACUGCUCCUGGUCAUUCGACACUUUGAAAGAGGAUCCUCAUCUCUUUGUCGAUAUCAGUAUCUGUGACGGUAAUAGCUCGGUUCCCUCGUUGGACCUUACGUCUGAGGACAGAGUCGGAUCGAGGUCUUUGAUUCUGGACGAGUACGAGUCGCUUUAUGUUGUCUUCCACUUUAACAUAACUCAGCACCCCCAGUGGACAGUCUACACCAAAACAUAUGACUUGGAGAUGUUAGAGGUCCUGCCUCCACCCCCAAAUAUCUCCGCAUCAAUCACAGAUGGAGUCCUGCUGGUGACCUGGGGUUUGCCCCACACUCGAAUAGCCGUCGACUCCUCGUGCUUUGAGUACCAGCUGGACCUGGGCCAUCAUGAUCAGGAAAGAUACCUGAGUUUGUCCGACCAGCUGUCUUAUUCAGAGCCCAACCCGGAUCCCACCUACACCUACAGCGUGACCAUGAGGACCAGGAAGCAGCACACAUGCUUGUCUCACUUGUCUCAGUGGAGCGACUGGAGUCCUGCCAUCAGGCUGGAACAGUCGACAUACAAACUCAACACUCUGGUGAUCGUCUCAAUUUCUCUUGGAAUACCCAUGAUCCUCCUGGCUUUGCUGCUGCUGGUGCGCCAUCAGAGGAUUACAAAGGUUCUGUUUCCUCCGAUUCCUCGCCCUCCGCAAAAGUACAAAUAUUUCCUGGAAAAAAACGAGACAUUUAACUUCUUUCACUCUGCUCCGUCAGCUGAACCAGUGGAGAUCACAGAGGUGGAGGACACUGAGCAAAAACCUGGCAAGACAUCAUAAAUGAUAUAAGAAGGACAUAUUCAAAUUACAGGUGCAUCUCAAUAAACUAGAAUAUCAUAAAAAAGUUUAUUUAUGUCAAUAAUUCAAUUCAAAAAGUGGAAAUAACACAUUAUAUAGAUCCAUUACACACAGAGUGAAACAUUUCAUGCCUUAAUUUAUUUAAUUUAUUCUAAUUAUAAUGAUUAUGGCUUACAUUUAAUGAAGACCUAAAAUUCAGUGUCUCAAAAAAUUGUGAUAUUACAAAAGACCAAUUUUAACCCUCUAGAGUCCAUGAAAGCACCUGCAUAUUACUUCUUCAUGAUGUGAAUACAUAAAAAUAAAGCAACAUUGAGUCUUACCAUCAGUUUCCCUCUAAAGUUCUGGCUUGAAACUCCAUACCAGAUGUGUUUUGGAUUAUAUUCGGCCAAGUAAAACUGGAAAAUAUAUUUAGUAUAAAAAUAUAGAACUAGAGAUUUUCCUAAUUUUACCUGUUAUAUGUAAUAUUUGCGACCUCUAUUCAUUUUUGCAACAUUUAAAAUUCUGUGUAUUGAAAUAUAAUUUUCAAGAUCAGAUUUUAUGUUUUCCUUUGUUUCUUUUGGGUUAAACAUUUUUAUCAAGUAAGUCAAAGUAAAGAAAUUAAUUAUCAGGACAUAUAGGUGAGGUAACGCUGAUACCAACAUGGCAUGGUAAAGAUUUUUAACAGAUUUUAUAAAGGACAUAAUACCUCAAGAUUUGAAUACCCAGAGGGUUAAAAAGUAUGUUUGAUAUGGAAAUGUUGGCCUCUGAAAAGUAUGUCCAUCUAUAUGACUCAAUACUUGGUUGGGGAUGUUUGACCUCAACUAUUGGAAAUGGACUUUUCCAUCAUAUUCUAAUGUAUUGAGAUGCACCUGUAUUCCUACGCCAGGCAACGCCAGGCGCAUUUUCAUACAAAACUUCAAUUCAGUAACAAGCAUAAAUGUGUUGAAUGCAUGCAAAGUGUGAGUAGCUUUAUAUUUGUGUGUUUUUUUAUGACCCUCAUCUUUACAGUCCAGGCUCAAGCUUUGUGACACUUUAAUACAUUGUAAGACACAUACAGUCAUGGAAAAAAUUAUUAGACCACCCUUGGCUCAGUUUGUAGAAUGGUCACCUACUGAUUGGAUGGUUGGGGGUUCGAUCCCUGACCAUGGCAGCCUACAUGUCAAAGUAUCCUCAAGCAAGAUACUGAACCCCAAAUUGCUCCUGAUGCUGUGUUCAUCAGUGUGUGAAUUAAUUCCCAAUGGUGGCAGGUGGCACCGAAUGUGUGUGUGAACGGGUGAAUGAGCGCAGUCUGUAGUGUAAAUCGCUUUGAGUGGUCGCAGAGCGACUAGAAAAGCGCUAUAUAAGUGCAGGUCCAUUUACCAUUUGUUUUCUCUAAUAUGUUAUUUUAACGCCUGGUAAAACUAAAGGUACAUUUGUUUGGAAAAAUAUAAUGAUAACAACAAAAAUAGCUCAUAAGAGUUUAAUU